AGCUGUUUUUGACACAAAUUUCAGUUGAGUUUCGACAGCUUGAUAAGAAGCACAAACUUAUUACAUAAAUUUAUUGUCAAUCGUUGUUCGUUGUAAUAUAUAAUCAUGCAACGUUUUCUUCAAGUUCUGUUUUUUAUUACUAUCAUAUCUGCAGUUUUUGCUUCCUCAGCUUUACCAGACGGUUGUAACGAAGGAAAAGUUUGGACUACUGCGAGUCAAGACCAUUGCUACCGUUGUGAAUGUCGUGACAAUUUAAGUCAUUGUACGAAAAUACCACAACCAUGUCAGGCAGAAGGUUCUUUCGCUGAAUUUCAUAGUUAUCCAUACAUUCCGGAACCACCAAGUGGCCAACUGUUUCAUGGAUCAACAGACGGUCCAUCGAAUCCUUGGACAGGAACAACAGAACCGGAACCAAAAUAUGAUCAAACUGUUGGUAUUGGAAUACCUUCCCGGUUUCAACGCACAUGGAAAUUCAUCCCACCAACACCGGUCUAUAUCGAAAACCCAGCUUACAAAAAAUAAAUUUCCUAAAAUGGUUUGUAAAAUAUGAAAAGUAUUGAUUAAACAUUGAUAAUAAUACACAAGGAAAUAUGUAAUUAAUGAUUUUCAAUAGAAUCAUUUCCGUUGAAAA